AUCUCAGACGUCAUCACUACAUGUGCAUCACUACACCAAACACCUGUACAUAGUUUCACCUGCAGGAAACAGCUGAAGAAACACCGAUGUUUUCCUUCAAUAUGGCGCUGUAACGUCCAUCCAGGAACGUGAAUUCUUGCCUGAAGUCUUCUGUUGUUCUCAGGGACUGAAUCAUGUCGGAUUCGGAGGACGAAAAUCCAGAUAAACAACUGAAGAUUGUGAUUAUGGGCGAUGGAGCAUCAGGAAAGACAUCGCUUGCUGUGAGAUAUUCCCAGGAGAACUUUGGGAAACAGUACAAACAGACAGUAGGACUGGACUUCUUCCUACGGAGAAUAGUUCUACCAGGGAACAUCCAUGUGGCACUGCAGCUGUGGGACAUCGGUGGACAAACCCUGGGAGGAGGCAUGCUGGAUAAGUACAUAUUUGGGGCACAUGGUAUCCUGCUUGUUUACGACAUCACCAACUACCAGAGUUUUGAUAACUUGGAGGACUGGUAUGAGAAGAUUCGAGAAGUAUGCAAGGACCAGCCCAAACUACCACACAUCGCACUGGUGGCCAACAAAAGUGACCUGGAGCACAUGAGAACUGUGAAGCAGGAGAAGCAUCAGAGGUUUGCCACAGAAAACGGCUUCACCUCCCAUUUUGUCUCUGCCAAAACUGGGGAUUCUGUGAACUUGUGUUUCCAGAAGAUUUCUGCUGAGAUCCUGGGGAUCAAAUUGACCAAACCUGAAGUUGAGCAGCAGACGAGAGUCGUCAAGGCAGACAUCGUCCAGUACAGUAACGCUGAGUCUGUGCCACGUGCAACGCCGCAGCAGAACAACCGCAGCUCGCUGUGUUCUGUACAGUAGGGACUACUUCAACCCCCUGACUUAUUUUCACACAUGGUUACAAAAGAGACAAUAUCCUGAGGAGAAAAUUAUCUAUGUUACUGAGUCCCCAGGAAUGUAUUUUAUUGUUCUGUACAGGAUUGUUGAUAAUGUGUAUACUCUGAGUACUGACAGGAGUGGGUGAUAGUAACCCUCUGCCCUAGUUAUGAUAAGCCUUGUCUCCACUAGUUCUUUUCAUUGAACAGUGUUUCUCAUGGGGAUGAAUGUGAAGACAACAAUUGUUAGGUGAACAUUUGAUUUCAACGUCAAGGUGCCAUCUAAGAAUAGUUGUUUGCCCAAGGGUUGAAUGUAUUGUACACUCUGUACUGUAUACAUGUUAAACUUCACCUUUACUUGUGAUCACUAUAGCAGUUUACAAGGAUGGUAGGUAUCUGUAAAAUCAUAUACUUUUAGUCAAAUCGUAAAUGUUUUGAUUGUGUAUAACAAAGUUUGUUGUACACAACCAAAGAUUUUAUUCCAAACUGAUGUUUGGGUGACUGUCUGUCACCUUCCUCAGGGCAAUACUGACUGGUUCUACUCUGCUACUGCAGUUUGAAAAAUGCAGUCCCAAACUUGACUGAGUUUAUGUCCCCCUCAUCAUGGUUCAUGACUGGAGCAGAUUUUCUGUCUCUAUAAUCCAACAAGUUGAUAUCAUGGUCUGUCACGAGCCUGCUAUCACUGCUCAUAGAAACUCAGCCGCUGUGAUUAUUUGGGACCACAUUCUUCACAUUGCAGGAACAACACCUAGCUGCAGUAUUGUCCUGUGAAAGGUGACAGACAGUCAACUCUCUGUGAUUGUUUUCCCAUCAUUUACCAACCUGAUGCAACUAUACACGGGUGUUAUGAUUGUGGCAAUAAUUCUAUAGGGCAAGGCAAUAAUUAAUAGAAUAUGGGGACCAUGUCUGUUUUACUCUUUUGUCAGAUGCUGGUUCAUGUAGUUUUAUAUGAAUACUUUUGAGUACUGAGACUUGGGGGGUCCUUAAAGAUGGUACCUAAGAUUGCCACGCGUGAUGACUAGCAUUGGGCCAGUUAAGGCUUGUUGUGAUUGCUAACUUUUGUGGCUGUCCACUGUGUGUAACUUAAGUUUGAAUAUCAUGUUCAUAACAUGACUUAAUGUGCUGGUUGCAAUUAAGUUUUAAAUAUUCAAAUGUAUAGAUUUGCUCUUAAACAAUUUUUGAAAGUGUUACAGAAGUAUCAAGGACUUUUUUUUAAUCCACAUCACACAGACAAAUGUUUGAUUCAUGGUCUAAUUCAUGGCAUUGAUGACAGUUUAUUGUUACAGAUAUGGACGUGAAAGAAUUUUUAAAAAGAUUAAUCAUGUCUGUACAUGUAUUUCAUUGGUUCAGAAAUGUAAGAAGAAAAUAAUUCAGGGGCCAGAUUUACCUUAAUGUUUCUGAUUAUCAUCCAUGAAAUGUAGUUUACCUGGAGGUAUUUUUAGCUAGUAGACAAGUUAAGCCCCCUUUUUCAGUUACUGUACUAGUAUGUACCCUAUUCUACUCUUUCAGCUUGUCCAGGAGAUGGUAGAUGACUUUAGAUUACCCAAAUUAAAAGUACCAGAAAUUAUGUUAUUUCCCCCAAUUUGUUCUGUGAAUGUGACUUGUAUUUUAGCUAGAUGGCAGGACUUUUGUGGUAGUUUUUGAAGUUAGAGUUCAUAGAAACUUUGCACUACAGAUUAUUGUGAACAUUACUGUGACACUCUCUCUACGUUUUCAAUCUGAUGAAAAAUGUUUCUCUUGAAUGUGUAUAAACAAAAGUUAUUUAAGAUAAAUUUGGAUCAUCUCCUUGGUAAAAUUGUAGACUUUGUCAGAGAAUGUUGUGUCUUUAGUCAUAGUAUUGAUAUCCUAUAUUGGUAACAUUACAUAUUGGUAACUGGGAUGUUGGUAAAAAGAGUAUAAUAGGAAUAGUGUUUUUGUGUCAGUUCAUAAUUAUUUACAUAAGUGUCAGCAAAAACUUUUUGUACAGUUCUUUAACAUGCUUGUGUAUAUUUGAUAGCAUAUCUUUAUGUUUAUGGUGUCAGAAAUACUAUUCCUGUCAAAUAUUAUCAUAGAUUGCCCUGACUUCUCAGUGUUUGUAUUUUGUUCCAGUAUGUGUUUUAGCUGUAUUUAGUAUGUGACUUUAGACCUUUUGUGAAGUUGUGUUCAGACCUGCCUAGCAGCACUUAUUGCUUGUUGAGGUUUCUUUGCAAUGUUUGAUUAAAAAAUGCAUAUUAAAUGUAACAUACAGUUGCAAAAUACACUGUGUUGUCACCUCAUACAUUACAAAGGAUGUCCAGUAUUCAUUGUUCAAAAUGAAAAUGGAACAGCAAAUCCAGGACACAACUUUCAAAUUGGCAUGACUUUACAGACAGUAUACAAUCAGGUGAGAGAAAAAACAAAAAGACAGAAUACAUGCAGCUGAUAAUAAUUUAUUUCCCACUCCCUCAUGUUAAUAGCCUACAUGGAAUCUUUUUAAGCACAGUUUGCAGACUAUUUUUGACAUUUAGGUAGGAUGUGCAAAAAAAAUCUAUACAUCAUUUGGUGCGCAAUUUCGUUGUCAUUACCAUUAUUUCUCUUGCUCUACUUUAGUUUAAUGAUUAUCCUGAGAAUACAUUUUACACACCAGAUUCAGCCCCAUUGUCUCCUUACUAUAAGGAAUUAUUUUACUGAUAACGUGUUGUCAGUAAAAAUACCUCCAUCCCAGAGGUGCUGCAAAAAGUUUUCUGGCAUCAGUUGCACAUCUAGAGAAUAAGCUACCGGUAGUUCAUGGUUACAGUGCAGUACAAGCAGUUCAUGGUUCGAAAUGCAGUAUGAUACACUGUGCGUAAUAUGUCAGAGUUGAAGGCCCAUGGUAAAAGAUAAUGAAUGACAUCAAGUUUGACAUAUUAUCACAACAUAUCACAUAGAAAACUCGCUUAUUCAACCAACUGUAGCUGGAAAGUUAAUUCUGCUCCAUGCUUAACUGCAGGGUUGAUAUACAUGGCUGGAUUCUCUGUUUGAAACAUUGUGUUGUUUCCAGCAAUCUCUGCAACAUGACAUUUUCUAAUCCCAUAUCUACUUAACAAAUAAAAGUGUCCAAGACAAACUGGCCUUCCAAUACAAAUGCAACUUUGCCUGGCACUAAAGCACAGAAGGCCAACACUUAAAACAUUGUGCAAUAAUCCAACACAUAAGAAUUUUCUGAUAAUUUUUCUCAUUCUUAUUAGAUUAAUACUAGUACAUUGCAUCCUUGACAUAUAUACAAUUGGGAAAAAUAAUAGAAGUGAAAGAACAUGUAUCCUUAUCUAACCUCCCAGGAAGCCCAAUUGAAGGGGAUUCUCAAUAAAACUGACAUGCCAGCUGUUAGAACUACAUGAACGGAUGAUGAAAUCAGUGAAAGUCUGAGUACAAAAACCUCCUGGACAAUCAUUGUAAUACAAAAUGUACUGUCUACUUACACAUAUAACUAUAUAUAUAUAUACUUGUUUAAUUCUUCCAGGUCACAUAUAUCCACCACCCUGAAAAAUGCAUGUUGACAGAUCUCCAAUGUUCCCCAGUACUAGAACAUUCUCCUGCAUUCCUAAACUGUGCACUAGAGAUCUCUGAAACAGACUGUCUUUCAAUGUGACAAAUAUGUAACCCAGUGGGUACACAGACCCUCCGAUUCACAAGGAAGAGAUUUAUGCAGAAAUCAAGCUGUUAUCCAAUAUGUUUUACAGUAGGACACAUUGUUACGGAUAUGGCAGAUUAGAAAGUCUCAUUUAUGAUGAUUUUUGGAGGUCUUACAUUGCUAUGACACAUCCAAUAUAAAGCCAUGUAACAUCGGUAUACGUUUGUACUUGACACUCUGUCCAUUUGUGUCCUGAAAUGCCUUACAUAUGGGUAUUAUCUACUUUUCUUGAACAAAAUGUGAGGUUCACAUAUGAACACAUAAAAUUAUUCAAAAAAAGUUCCUACAUUUUGCAAAGUUUUGCAAUCACUUUGGUAUCCUAUGUUUGAAGCUACUACCAAUAACUUGCUUGAUAUGCAACAAAUUAUUUGCACACAAUAAAAAAGUACAAUAGAUAUCAAUCAUGUAAUACAUGUACACAAAUUAAAGAAGAACCAUAAGUUGAUUAUGAUCAUUUCCACUUAUCAUAACUCACCCUCCCCAGCUUUUGGUGUGGAAUGUUCCAACACGUUAUAUUAUAAUGAUAACAAGGUGCUGACUUUUCCACAUUUUGGGUGCUCUUUUUAUAGUAUGUUAGUUUUCAGCUGUACUAUAGUCUAGGACACCUCUGCUUCCAACAUGUUUGUAGGUUUCAAAAUAAAGGUUAAAUUACAAGGUAAGAUGUGUACAUUGUAAGAACCAUAAAUUGCAACUAAAUUUGUAAACUUUAUAAUACAAAUCAUCUGGGUGUGUGGUUCAGAGUUUGUUUUUAAUUAUUUUUGUACACAAAAUCAUAGGAGGGAAUUGUCUUGGUUAUUUUGGUAACUAUUUCUGGGCCAACAAACAAAAAGGAAAUGGUUGUCAGUCAAGAAAUCUAGACAGCGAUGUGCAACUCUUCUAAUAUAUAGAAAAGAGUGUAACUGUUACUGUUACAAGUACAGUAACAAUCUUUGUAUUAUCUAUUCAUAUCAUUGCAGUUGUAUUAUGGUGGUAUCAUUAAUUUGUGUGUACAUUACAUGUACGAGGUAUAUCAUCUCAUUGUUGGAUAUAUUUUAAUUUUUAAGAUAUUUCAUCCUUUGUUGUUAUCUUUCUUAAUCUAAAAUUCUAAAACCUACAUUUCUACAGAGCUUGACAGACACUAAAACUUUGAGGGCGAGAACUUGUAGUUUGGUACUACAGACCUAGCCUUGAUGCCAACCAUUUUAGCUUUGUUAUGGUCUCUUGGUCUCCUACUACAAAGACUGGACCCGCACAUAUUCUAUAUCCAUCUGUAUAUGAUUAUGCUGUUUUUAGAUGAAAUUUAUUGUCUUGUUUGUGAUUAGUAGCGACUAAUUCUAUUCAAUAUACCUGUGCCCCACAUGUAUGUUAUAAUUCCAAUAAAUCAAAUCUAAUCAAAUCAAAUCAAACCUGUCAUUUGAAGUGGUGCUUUGAUUGGCCAAACAUGAGCAGGGGUACUAGUAUGUAGUCAUCCAAUCAGCAGAGGACCAGCCCAGUGUGCAACAGCUCUUAACGUGACGUCAUCACCAGAGGGAUAGAAUAUGUGCAGGUCAAGUCUUUUUGGCAGGGAAACAACUGAGAAAGUGUAUAAAAGCUAAA